AUGGGCCUGAUAUGGUUUAGUGUCACCGCUUCCUUCCUGGUUGUCCCGGUAACCGCCCGUUUUGGCAAGGUCGGCCUUCCCUCGCGAGUUUCAAUGAGCGCAUCUGCAAAUCCGUCGUUAUCCAACGCUGCCAUUGAAGCUUCUCACGCAGCCUCGUACCGGCCGUCAAAUUACGAGGAUGGUGCGUCAACACUUUCGUCUUUGCAAUUGUUGCUGCAAGCUACGACGUUGACUGCCGAUAACGCAGGUCCGAAUAGCAGGCCAGCCAAAAAGAUACAGUCGACUACUACUGCGAUGUCCGUUGCACGCACAAAAUCGACCCGAUCAGCAAAGUAUCAAAGUGAAGCCAAGGUGGAAUCGUUACAAACGGCGGCCAACAGUCAAGAUACAGCGGGAUUAACUGCGCAGCAAAGACUUGUACUGGCAACCGAGAUUUUUAAUACAGCAUCCAAGGCUCUAGUGGACGCUCUACAACGAAACAAUUCACAAAAAUCCCCUUUGCAGCCAACUUCUCCCAAUCGAGUCGUGUCCUCGACCAAGCAACAGUCAACUAAGCCGCUCAAGACGGCUUCCACUGGAAAAGGGUCUUCUGCGGACGGAAUAAAGUCAACGGCAGAAUGCGCAAUUUUCGCCCUUGCAACUCUGCGAAAUGCGAAGUCUGAAAAUGCUCCAAAUACCGGUCACCAAAAUCUGCAGCUGGAACAAGGUGUUUGUAUUCUUGCAGGAAGGCUUACAGCACUGGGACUCAGUGACCUUGCCUACAAAGAACUAAAAGCUUUGAAAAAGAGGUUGCAAGAAUAUAUGCUACCUGUAUCCGCGAAAAACUCAAAGAAGUCCACAGCUCGCUCGGCUCAAGACGCGAAAACGGAACCUGAAAAAGAAAUAGCCGCAGAAUUGCUAACAUUUUCAGAUAUGGCAAGUGCGGCGCCCAUCCUUUCCGUACUUCUGCAAUUUCAGAUAAAUGUUUUGAAACUGGCUAUGUCAGACAAGCGAAUCCUGAUCACACAUAAGACAUGCAAGGCUCUAGCUACUUGUAACCCAAGCAGCCCUGCUAACCUCGUCUUACAAUCUCUUGAUUCUGGAGGCCUCGGAAAGGACAAGGCUGCACUGCAACUGCUAUCUAUCUCCAACACCAUUUUGUCUUUAUCAAAUACGCUACACAAGACGCUCACUGCGGUAUCUGAAACCACAACGAACCGAGGCGAACGAGCUUUUUCUACCCUCACCUUGCAACUGUUGUCAAUGGAAUAUCGUGUUAUGUCAUGGGAAUUAUCCGGCCACCAGGGUGACUCGAAACGAGAGUAUUGGGACCCUUUAUCGCGCUUUCUGGACCUUUUUUCUAAUUACGGCUCAAAGAUGAAGUCAUCUGACUUUGCAGAAUUAAGCACGACUUUACAGCGGUUACACUCUAGGAUGGCCAAAAGCCAAAUGAGAGGGGCUGGGAACUCGUGGAAAAUUUCGUAUAGUCUUGGAAAGAUUGCUCAAGACGCGUCAUGCUUGCAAGAAGCCUUGAAACACUUUCUCACUGCGACAGAAAUAGUUACGGCAGAGUAUCCCAUGGCGUCCAGUUUAAUCAAAUGCAGAAUUGCUUUUACUCAUCUAUGUCUUCUCAAGGGCAACAAAGCCUAUGGUUAUGAUUUGGUGGUCGAAUCACUUGCUACUGCGGCACUAGGAAUCAAGUCGGCCAACAAGGGUAACGCCAAUGACCUGGAAGCAUUGCUAGUUGAAUCAGCUAAAUUGAAAAAGCUAGCAAUGGCGAGCCUUGGAGAGUCAGUUUCUUCAGAAAAAGCUCUCCCCGACAAGAUGGUAAUGGCUAUUGUCGAAUUUUUGCAUGCGUUUAUCCGCUUUUUGAGACGAUACAUUAGUCGUCUGCCACAAAGCCAAGCCGAAAGCGAAGCAAAUGAACAGUUGCAAAGCCUAACCGGCGUUAAAAACAUCAUAAUGACAGCAGCGGAGUCAGCAGUGGCAUUAGGAAAAAUGUCUCUUCUAAACCAAGUGCCAGCGUGGGAGCUACUACAGCCGGUUUUCUCAGACUGUGCACGGCUAUUAAACAGUUUCGAGGACUUUGACGCUGAUGCCUUUAACGAGGGAUUUAAUUGGCGUGCAUCCAUUGUCAAGCUAUCCAAUUUGUUUUGGUCUCGUUAUCUUAAGAGGCGGGAAGCAGGUCAAGGAUAUGAAGAGCUAAUUCCACUACUCGACCAGUCUGUUGGUCUGUUGAAAGGCUGUCCUGCUGCUGAAAGAAUAGCGGGGUUUGCCGCCCUUAAAUUGGAGAGACUCGCUCACCUAUACCUAGAUGCGAGAAUGGGAGCAAAGUCCAUUGUAUGUUUUGAAAGAUCUAUCCAAGAACAUAUCGAUGCGGGAGUACUUCAGGAACAUAUUGCGUUCCUUUCAGGCAGGCCGCCUCACACUUGCCUCCAUGAUCUCAAUAGCCCUGGUUAUAAUCUUACACGGCUUCUUUCUUCAUACCUCAAAAUGCAAUUGCGCAGACCAUCGAAUGACGACCACAGUGUAUUCGAUAACAAAACAUUAGACAUCCUUGCGCGAGGAACACUUCUUGAAUGGCAACUAGGGUUACUAACGGAAUUUUACAGUCACGAUGCGGACACUGAGAAGUUCAAAGAACUUCUCCAGAAACUGCUCUCUGAAGUGUUAUCUCUUUACACUGGAAACCAAUAUCCAUCCCGGCGAUUACGUGUCAUCCGAUUGGCACUCCGCUUUGUCCUUGAUCAUCCAAACUCGUUGGACAAUGCAAUCACGGAGUCUCUGACUGAAGAUGCCGCCUCGCACCUAUCAAACCAACAAACGACCUUAGACGACGUGGAGCUCGAGAAUUAUGCACCAAACAUCCGGACUUCGCUCAGUCUAAUCAUAUCAUUACGAGAUGGUAAUGUGAAAAUUGACAGCUUUCGCGAGAUUAUUACAUUUUGGGCUUCGACAAUACGGACUUGUACGAGUUGGGAUUAUCUACAAUCCGUGAUUGACGACUGUGAUCUUUUGGUUGCCCAGCUUAACGCAGUCUGGGAUUAUCUAGAAGCGCGUGGAUAUUGGAAGCUGCAUUUAGCAGUGGGCGAAGUCCUCCUUCGCAUUUUUGAACUGCAAAGGGAUCAAAGCAACUCGUCCCUGCUCCUGGUUCUAUCACGAUGCGCCUUGCAGUAUUGCCGCCUUGGAGACCAGAAGGCAGCAUCGAGUCUUCUUGAACGCGCCAAACAGUACCUCAAUAGCGGAAAUAUGUCGUGUUAUGCAUUAAUGACUUAUCAGCUAGCAGUGACGGAAUAUAACUUGGAGAUUGGCAACAUAGACCAUGCGGAAAACGCCAUGCUGUUCGCUCAGAAGCUCUACCAGAGCAAAGAGGCUAGAAAAGAAAUGUCUGAAACCCGCAGCCAAUCAAAGAUUGCAUGGGAACGUUUGAUCGUCGACGGGGCUUUACUAUACUCUCGCAUCGCUGAUCAAAGGGGUUGUCUGAAGAAAGCAUUGUACUAUGGCAAAUUGUCCGUGCGACUGACGACACGACUAUGGGCCAAGUUGGAACGCUCAGCUGGGAAGAAAAGAGAAUCCGAGCAGUUGACAGAAAAGUUAUCUGAUGUGGAUCUUGUUAUUGAUGGCGUUGCAAACAUUAACCUCUCUGAAGCUACUGCACCCUCGGCAUGGAGCUAUGCAGAGGGCGCAGUCUUUUGGAGGCAUAUAGCCUCUCAUAACGCAUGUUUCCUAAAUCUUAUGCGUCUCUCUGCUCAUAACGGUUUAUUUCAGGAUGCAAUAUACUAUGGUGAACAAGCCUUGAAGGUCAACAAAACGCUAGGUGCUUCAUUCCGCCUGCUUGCCUGUCAAGCUGAACUCGGCCUUGAGUGGAUUAGGGGCAACCACAUUUCGGAAGCCAAGCAUGUUCUCGACGCCGCAACGAAGCUAUCAGAGGAACUCAUCAACAGUGUGGAAAUGGUCAAGUUGAAAAUUAGUUUGGCGGCUCUGAGUAGGACUCGAGAGGACUAUGAAGGGGUCCUGCGUCUCUUACGAGAGGCUGAGACCAUGCUCGGUCGCAUCACUGAGGUCAGGCUUGAUCCUUCACUUGGGGUCAAAUCAUCCGAUACUGGCAUUGAAGGAAAGCUAGCGGAUAUGAGAAUACGCCAGGCUUCCAUUCAGAAGGAAAGCCAAUUAGUCACCUCUCGUCAGACCCGAAGAACCAAGGCGACUUCCAAAAUCACAUCCAAGGAGGAGGAAGAUGAGUCGAUAUCAUCGAACGUUCAGAUGCCAUCGCAGUCUCUUAUCAUGCUAAGGAACGAAAUUUUUCGACAACAAAUUCAUACCUUGUUGGCAAUCGAAGACCUCGAUGGGGCAUCACGUGUAUUGGAUGUUGUUAGGGAAUGCUCCCCUUCAGCGGCAUCGCAGAUCUCUUUACAGAUCGAGGAAACAGAGCAUUUGCUCGCAGAUGCCAUGAAGAGUAUUACCACACAUGCCAUAUAUUGUGUCUUGCCCGAAUCCACUCUGUCAAUGCCUUCCAUAGAGGGUGCCGUCUCAAUUGCCAACCCGCCGGUUUUAAAGAGUAAGACACCGGCUACGAGAAAAGGAAAGUCAACUUUCAAAGAACCACGCAGUCGUACAACGAAGGUUGCGAAGAAGGAAGUUGAUAUUACAAACAUCAUGUCUCAUGCAAGGAAUGCCAUUAGCAAGACGGUCAGAGACGCGGUUUCUAUCGGAUCGACUAUGGAGGGUCAUACCGCGUCGGGUCUCAUGGGACGUAUCUCCAUGCUUUUACAUGCAACGAAGCCAGGUCUCGUGGACGAAGAUAUAUUGGCUCCGGUAAAUGCGAAUGAACUUGGGCGCAUUACUGCUUUUGAUCGUGAGCGUCUUGCAAUCUGCAUCGAUAAGAGCCUUUCUGGAUAUUCCGAUCCGAUGAGCUGGCCUUCAAGCAUGAACUGCAAUCUCGACGACAAGCCAGAUAUCAUUACGAAUUUUGCGCAAAACUAUGUAGACAUUCUACCCAGCAGUUGGAAUGUAUUGUCUAUUUCGAUGAACUCUGACCGUACGGAGUUUAUUAUCUCAAAAAUAUGUCGAGGUAGCCCUCCAUUCCUUCUGCGCCUUCCAGUUAGGCGAGGCGAAGAAGAAAACGAAGAUGAGGAUGAUUUCACCUUUGACUUGGGCAAAAACGAGAUGAAGGAAAUUAUCAGACUCGCAAAUGCCAGUGCUCAUGAUGCCAAAAGUCGUACAGAUAAAAAGUCGAAGAAGCAAUGGUGGACUACACGUGAGUCACUCGACCGUCGUCUCGAGACUCUACUGGACAACAUGGAGAACAUAUGGCUUGGAGGCUUUCGCGGAAUAUUUGAUGCUAUUCCUCGAAAUUCUCUGCAGUUGGCUCAAUUUGCAAGAUCGUUCGAGACGAUUUUGGACAAACACCUUCCGUCAAGACGGAAAUCCAAAGCUGUAAAGGAAAAGAUCAAAGUCCAUGAAAAUGUACUAAGUCUCUUCAUUGGUCUUCGGGGACUCGAAAAACAAGAGAACCCCGAAGAUUCGGUCUUAGACCUGCUCUAUUUUGUUGUCGAUAUCCUUCAAUUUCAAGGCGAGCGUAAUGCGUACGACGAAAUCGAUUUUGAUAUGAUGGUUAUUGACACGCUUGACAUUCUAAAUGGCUUCCAUUGCAGUGAUGAAGCCGACAUUGAACCGCCUAAUCACACCAUACUGAUCCUGGAUAAGUCUCUACACGCCUUCCCUUGGGAGUCUUUGCCGUGCCUGCACGGACUACCUGUAUCCCGUAUGCCUUCCUUGGAAUGUUUGCGAGAAAGGAUUAUCCGUUUCAGAUCCUCAGAAGAGCUGCCACAAGAAUCGUUCGAGAUUGACAGCCACAAUGGCCACUUCAUAUUGAAUCCAAGCGGUGACUUAAAAACCACGCAAACCACAUUUGAAGAAGACUUCUCCCAUAUGAAAGGUUGGUCAGCUGUCAUUGGACGCGCUCCCUCUGAAGAAGAAUUCAAGUCUGGCUUAGAAGACAAAGAUAUUUUCCUUUACUUUGGUCACGGUAGUGGCGCUCAAUACAUUCGAGGACGUACUAUCAAACGUCUCGACAAGUGUGCAGUGGCAUUUCUCAUGGGCUGCAGCAGCGGGUGUCUGACCGAAGCUGGAGAACUGGAGCCUUAUGGCACGCCAAUGAAUUAUAUGCAGGCCGGAUCACCUGCUCUUGUUGCUACGCUAUGGGAUGUGACAGACAAAGAUAUUGAUCGAUUCGCAAAGAGCACUUUUCAGCAAUGGGGGUUGUUAAAGGGAGUUGGGUGUCAAGAUACUGGGACAGUGGAACAGAAAGGUGUCUGUUCGAAGAAUCCAUCCAAGGCAUCGAAGGGCAAGGAAGUGGUACGGGCUGAGUGCGAGCGGAGAAGCAACUCUCUUGACGAGGCAGUUGCACAGUCACGUAAUUCAUGUUUAUUGAAGUACUUGAAUGGAGCAGCGCCGGUAAUUUACGGCAUUCCUGUAUAUUUGAGCAAGUGA